AUGAUUAGAGCGAGAUGCUUGCGAAGCCUGGUAGCCAUAAAGGCAUCAGUAGCCUCUAAUUCUGUGGUUUCGUUGCGCAGGAAUUUUGUCUCUGUUUACGGACCGACGCGACCAACUCUAACUUUUGAUAAGACUACUCUAUCGGAACAAAAGUCAUCCGACAUUCUGUCAGACCGUGGAGAACUCCUCGACCUCCACCCAAAGAUAAGCACGCAUCCAGCACUAGGUGCAACGCAGGUUCGAUCAGGCCCUCGAAACACUUUUAGCCCGAGUCACUUUGUUCGAAAACGACGACACGGCUUCCUCAGUCGAGUGAAGACACAGAAGGGAAGAAAAACUUUAGCAAGACGAAGGGCCAAAAAGAGGACCACACUGAGUCAUUAG